AGACUCAGGAUCCACCACCAGGGAAAGACAAGGGCGCCACCAUGAGCUGUCAGGAGACAUAGCCAGACACCCAGGGUCCCAUCGAGGACAGACAGCCAUCCAUGAGCAGCCUAACUCUGCCCACAGAGACUCAGGAUCCACCACCAGGGAAAGACAAGGGCACCCCCGUGAGCAGUCACGGGAUAGCUCCAGACACUGGGAAACUGGACAUGGACAAAUCUCUUCCGGAUCUGGUAACACCAGACACCAGGGAUCCAGUUUCAAUCAGGCCAGUGACAGUGAAGGACAAUCAGAAGACUCAGAUAUUCAGUCAGGGUCAGUCCAGGAAUGGUCCGGGUCCAAUCAAAGGAGACAACACGGCAGUGCACAUGGCAGUCCUGACCACUCAGGGUCUUACUUCUACACGAUACCCUCCCAAGAACAGUUUGACUCUGCCCACGGACAGUCUCAACCCAGUACCAGGGGGAGACAAGGAUCCCGCCAUGAGCAGGCACAUGACAGCUCUAGACAUGCAGGAUCCCAUGAGGGUCAGGCAGCUGAUGGUGGGCACUCUGAGUCAGGAUCCCGCCACCAGCAACCAUCCACUUGGACAUAUGGCUCUAGGCAAUCACAGUCUGGGCAUGGACAAUCGUCAUCUGAAUUCAGGCCACUGAGAAACCGAGGGUCCAGUGUCAGUCAGGACAGAGACAGCGAAGGGCACACCGAAGAUUCGCAGAGUCAGUUUGGAUCUGGCUCAGGAACCCAACACGGCCAUGCACAAGACAGCUCUAGACGCUCUGAGUCUCAUCGAGGGCAGAGAAACAAUCAUGGGCAGUCUGAGUCUGGCCAUGGACGCUCAGACACCGGUAGUAGGAGACAAGGAUCUAGUCAUGGACACUCUAUAGAUACCUCUAGACAGUCAGGGUCUCAUGGUGGAGAGCCAUCCUCUCGGGGACAUAGUGACUCCUACCAUGGACAGUCAACAUCACGCACAAGAGGAAGACCAGAAUCACAGCGUGAACAGUCUACAGACAGGUCCAGACAUUCAGGCACUGAACAUGGACAACUGUACUCUGGAUCCAGAGCAAGCAGACAUCAGGGACCCAGCAUGAGUCUGGCCAGCAGCAGCAAAGGACAUUCAGAAGAUUCAGGUAGAGAAUUCGCAAUGACCUAUGAAAAUUCUGGGUCCAGCUCCAGAAACCAACAUGGGUCUACCCAUGGGCAGUCAGCUGACAGAUCAAGACAGUCAGAUUCCUAUCACGGGCAGACAGGCACCCAUAGGCAGUCUGACUCAACCCACCAAGACUCGGGAUCCACCACCAGGGAAAGACAAGGGCACCCCCGUGAGCACUCAGGGGACAUAGCCAGACACUCAGGGACCCAUCAAGG